CACCGUCUUAACUCAUGAAUUAGGCUUUGCUCCCCAGGAAUAAUAAUAAAUAUAUACACACACUGGAGUCGGAAUGGCGUGAAGUCCCUCGUUAAGUUUCCAUCUCUAGUCACAAGGAGGGUCAGCCGGUAUGGCAGAUGGAGAGGAGGCCAUGAGCCAGGAGGACUGGAAGGAGAAGUGUAUGGUCCUGGAGGCUCUGCUCAUGAAGUUCAGAGUGCAGAUAAUCAAGAUUCGAGAACUCACCGCCGACAAAAUUCAACAACUGGAGACACAGGUGAUCGAUGCAGAGAAACGGGCCUUCACUGCUCACCAGCAGGUGCAGUGGAUGGAAGAGAAACUGAAGGCUCCAGAUGGUCAGUCCGGAGACUCAGAGGUGCGUUUGUUCCAGCGGUGCCAGGAGCUGCAGGGCUUGGUGCAGGAGAAGGAGGACGUCAUCGCCCAGCUGGAGCAGCAGCUGGAGGAGCAGAAACAGAACCGACUUCAAGAUGCCAAAACAGUGGAGGAGAAAGCAGCUAAGAUCAAAGAAUGGGUGAUGCUGAAGUUGUCAGAGUUCGAGGUAGAGAACGCAGCAUUAAGAGAAACCAACAAGCAACAGGAGGCUCAGAUUGUGGAGCUACAGAAACAAGUGCAGGCCUUCGAGGCAAAGUGUGGUGGUGGACGAGGAGUCCUGUGCAGACCAGGUGAGGCCCAGCGCCUCAGCAGCCUGACGUUUGGCUGCUUCCAGGUGAGAGGGAAGAAUCCCCAGGUUCUCACCGGACCAGCACCCUCCCAGAGGACCCUCAGCACCCAGGGAGAGACUGAGGGCAGAGAUGAAACUGUGAAGAUUAAGCAGACAGCCUCCUCAGAGACAGACAGUGAAGCCCACAGACCAGACCAAACUGGACUUCUUUAUUCUCCUGUAGAGGACGACAGUGCCUCUGAAAGCCUGGGCGACAAUGCAUGUGGACCUGAGUCUCGGGGUGUCUCCUCUGUGCUCUCCAGUGCUGCAUCAGAGGGGGAGGGAGGAGGAGGGUGUGAGGGCAGAGGAGGAGUGUGCGGUCUGGAGUUCAGCCGCCCAGGCAGUGAGACCUAUCUGACCGCUUCGGACGACAGCAGCUCUCUGUUCGACGACGACAUGCAGCGAGCAGAGCCGCCCCGCUUCAACCUACUGGGAUCAUCAGAUGGGACCCUGGGAGGGUGUAAGGAGGGGGUGGAGGAGGCACACAGGGCCAAGCUGGAGGACUGCAACUCUGAUGAGCUCAACAAACGAUUCCAGUCACAAAGACUUGACUCCUCGUCCUCUUCCAGCGAACCCAACACCCCCAGCCCCAUCCUCACUCCAGCCCUCACACCGAAACGACCCAACCCGCCCCAGGACCCGAGGGACAACCCAGCCUCACCCAAACAGCCGCGCCUUCGGACCCCGACGGGGUUCGGGUUGAUUAAUGUGUCUCUGGCUAAGAAACACCUGAGCCAGCCACCAGUCAGCUCAGAGGCAGCACAUGGGCAAACACGUAACGCUCUCAGCAUGCUCCGCCCUUUCCGACCACAGGAAACUGACCUUGACCAGGAGCAGGAGGCUGGCAUGAAGACGGACAAGGACACGCCUCCUCAAGUCCUUUGCAGCCCACAAGCUACGCCCACCAUGUCCUUCUCGCAGGCCUCACCAAAACCUGGUACAGAGACGAGCCCAGAGAGGCCUGAAAGUGACAUCUCAGCACCCGGCAGCAAACCUCCUACUCCCCCUUUACACAGGCUGCCCUCCUGGGAGAGUCGUAUCUAUGCUGUGGCUAAAUCAGGAAUCAGACUGUCUGAGACAUCCUGCACAGACCCUGCUAGCAAAGACCCGUCCCUCCAGUCCUCCUAUCCUGCCUUUGUAAUGUACACAUCCCUCAUCUAUAAAAACAUGACUACACCAGUUUACACUACUCUGAAGGGGAAAGCCACUCUACUGAGCAGCAGUCCCUUCUCAGACGAGUCGUCCAGCUCUGAGGACUCAUCCAGUUCAGGAGAGGAGGACGGUUCCUUCUGCAGCUCCCACACCUCAUCCAGUUCCCGCAAGGACAGCAGCCCUGGCAGCCCGCGCUCCCUCAAGAGAGCUGUGUCCAUGUCUUCAAUGACAUCAGAGAGCGACUAUGCCAUCCCUCCUGAUGCCUACUCCACCGACACAGAGUGCUCUGAACCAGAGCAGAAACUGCCCAAGACCUGCUCUUCAGCCAGCGACAACGGCAAGACUGAGCCGAUGGAGAAGUCAGGCUACCUGUUGAAAAUGGUAAAGACCUGGAAGAAAACCUGGAAGAGACGCUGGUUUGUCCUCAAAGACGGAGAGCUGCUCUACUACAAGUCACCAAGCGAUGUGAUCAGGAAACCUCAGGGUCAGAUCGAGGUCAACGCCACCAGCAGCAUCGCCCGUGGAGAGGGCAAACAAGUUCUCCAGAUAGUGACGGGCAAGCGUGUUUACUACCUGAAAGCGGACUCUCCCAACCUGCUGGACGAGUGGCUCAGGGUGCUGCUGAGUGUGCUGAGGGUGAAAGCUGCCAGUCCUCUCUUCACCCAGCCAGAUAUUCGCCCUGGCAUGAAGGGACUGCUCAUCAAGGUGAAGCACGGCUACUCUAAGCGGGUUUGGUGUGCUCUCAUUGGUAAAACUCUCUACUACUUCCGGAGCCAAGAAGACAAGUUCCCACUGGGUCAGAUUAAGCUUUGGGAGGCCAGGGUGGAGGAGGUGGACAGGUCCCAGGAUUCAGAUGAUGACCUGAAGGCGUGUGGGCGGAGCUUACAGGUGGCACCCUUCACCAUCGCUGUCCACCCACAGGAGCAAGGACCGACCUACCUUCUAAUCGAGUCUUGCCAUGAAAAGGAUUCAUGGCUGUACCAUCUGUCUGUGGCAGCAGGCACCACGGUGGGUAAAGUUGGCACUGAGUUCGAACAACUGGUGGGAAAACUCUUCCAACUGGAUGGAGAUCCAAACUCUCAGAUCUGGAGACAUCCUGUGCUGUGUUUCAGUAAGGAGGCUCUGACAUCUCCUCUCACCACCCUGCCCUCACAGGCUCUGCAGACAGAAGCUGUUAAACUCUUCAAGACUUGUCAGCUUUUCAUCAACGUGGCCAUCGACGCCCCGGCCAUCGACUACCAUGUCUCGCUGGCCCAGAGUGCUUUGCAGGUGUGUCUGGCCCACCCGGAGCUUCAGAAUGAGCUCUUUUGCCAGCUCAUCAAGCAGACCCGCAAGAGGCAGCCACACGGCCAUCCAGGACCCCUGCAGGGCUGGCAGUUUCUUGCCUUGUGUGUUGGACUGUUUCUGCCUCAGCAUCCUUUCCUCUGGCUGCUCCAGGUUCAUCUCAAACGACACGGAGACUCCAGGACUGAGGUGGGUAAGUAUGCCAUCUACUGCCAGCGGUCCAUGGAGCGGACCCAGCAGAAGGGUGAGAGGCAGGCCAGGCCAUCCCGUAUGGAGAUCCUCUCUAUCCUGCUGAGGAAUCCCUAUCACCACUCGCUGCCCUUCAGCGUCCCUGUUCACUUUCUCAACAACACCUACCAGGUGGUGAGCUUCGAUGCUUCAACCACAGUGGACGAGUUCCAGUGCCGCCUCAACCAGGACAGCGGCAUGAGAAAAACUGGGCUAUCGGGUUUCAGCUUGUACACCGAUGACCCUACUGGACGAGACCUGGAACACUGCCUGCAAGGAGGCAUCAAGAUUUGUGACAUUAUCUCCAAAUGGGAGCAGGCGUGUAAGGAGCAGCACACUGGCAAGUCUGAAAACACCAGGACUGUACGCCUCACCUACAAGAACAGGCUGUACUUCUCUCUCCAGGUCAGGGGGGAGUCAGAGAGGGAGAGGCUACUGCUGGCUUAUCAGACCAAUGAAGCCAUUGUUGCUGGACACUUUCCUGUCAACAAGGAAUUGGCUCUGGAGAUGGCCGCCCUGCUGGCCCAGGUGGAGUUUGGGGAUUUUGAGCGUCCCUUCUCUGCUCCUGGAUCAGCCCAGACCAAGUCUAACCAAACCCUGAAACAGGUUCUGGAAAGGUUUUACCCUAAACACUAUCGCAGAACCACAUCUGAGGAGCAGCUCAGGCAACUGCUGCAGCGUCUGUCUGCUCGCUGGGCCUCGCUCAGAGGUCGAAGUUCAUCUGAGUGCGUCAGGAUUUACCUGACUGUUGCCAGGAAGUGGCCUUUCUUUGGUGCCAAACUGUUUGAAGCAGAGUCUGUCACUUCAUCUUCAGAGCAGGGUGUGCGUGUUUGGCUGGCAGUGCAUGAAGAUGGUAUCAGUGUUCUGGAGCUCAACUCUGUCAAACCACUGGUGUCCCAUCCCUACAAGAACCUGAUGACGUUUGGAGGCUGCAAACAGGACUUCAUGCUGGUGGUGGGACAGAGCGUUGGUGCCAACACCGGCAAAGACAAACCUACAGAGAAACAUCUGUUCGCUAUGGACACCUCCAGGGUCAGGGAGAUCACCCUCCUGAUUUCCAGCUAUAUCAACAGUGCUCAUCAGCAGAAGGCCGCCGCCCACCACCUCUCAGCCCCAGCUCUGAUGGUGGCCCAGCCUGUCAGUCUGAAGAGCAAAGAGCUGAGGAGCAAAUCCCCACCAGCGCUGGGACGCCCCAGCAAGGCCCCUACACUGCUGUGACGACGUGACAACAUACCACCCUCAUCUCUCUGAGAAAUACUUACUUUGUCGAGCUUCCUUUUACUUUAUUUAAAUCUGAAAAUGAAGGACUUAUUUACAAGCGCAGUAGGACUGAUUCAGUCCUGAUACACCUUCUGAAAGGUUAGCUCAUGCCUUUCUCAGAGACCAUGUCAUGAGAUUUGCUUUUAUGUGUUGACUCCAAAGAGAAAAAUCAACAGCCUCUAUUGACGGACUGAAUUAGCAUUUAGAAAGGUCUCAUUAAUCUGUGCUGUGUGGCAGAUUUCUUUUGUAAAGAUGCAGUUUGAAGUUAAUAUUUGUGUUCCCGCCUUCAUGUAUUUAAGAGGUAAUGAUGCUUCAUGAAGAAAUCAUAUUAGAGGGUAUUUUUGUGUCUUUUUCGUCCCUUCUGUAGGGCACAACUCUACCAGGAACUAAAACUCUAACAGUGUGAGAUAUUAUCAUAUAAUGAGGGAUACUGAACAAUAUGAUGAAAGCAGGAGGCAGUAACCAGGUGUGAUAGAUGUAGAAUGGAUGACUUAGAUGUGUUGAGAAAGACUGAACCUUAGAAGAGGAAAGCUUAUUGAACCCUGUGUGCUCUUAGUUACUGAACAGCCAGGAGAGCUGUGAAACUUUAAUCACGUACAAAUACUUCAAGCCUCUCAGGGGGAGCGAAUGACCAGAAUCACCACAAUGCCUCCACAUCAUUUAGGGAAGUACAGCAGGGUUUUGUUUUGAGGACAGGAACCAAUUCAGCACUUAUGUACAGUGCUAUAGAGGAAGAUGGUAAGAAGAUGUGACCAAUGCUGAGAGAAUGGCCUGAUGAGAAUGAGGAAACUCUUAAAGAGAACUAAAAUGUUUUUGGUUCUGUUUGUUGCCUGGCAUCACAGAGAAUAUGAAGGUAUUUUGCUGAAGCAACCCAUUUUACUUAAAGAUGAACUGGAAAAACAGAACAUUUUUUGUGUAAGGUACUUUAAAAAAAAAGGUUUUCCCUUCCCUGUGUUGUCAGGUUUUAUAUUUAUUUGUCAUAUGAAAUACAUUGUAUUUAAAUCCUCCUUGAAGUGUUAUAAUUAUUGUACAAGUCUAAUGCUUGAAUAAACCUAACUAGAGCAAA